AUGAAGUGGCUCCCGGUGGUCCUGGCGUGUCUGCAGCUGGCGGAGGGGGCGGUCAGGAUCAGCCUGAAGAAAGGCCUGUCCAUCCGGGACAAGAUGAGGGCGGCCGGGGUGCUGGACGAUUUCCUGAAGCACAUCAAAUCCGACCCGGUGAAGAAAUACCAGCCCAGCCAGGGCUUCGUGGUGAAGGAGCCCAUAGCCAACCACCUGGAUUCCUCCUACUUUGGGGAGAUCAGCAUCGGGGAGCCCCCGCAGAAGUUCCUGGUGCUCUUUGACACUGGCUCCUCCAACCUGUGGGUGCCCUCCACGGACUGCAAGAGCCCUGCUUGCUUGAACCACGCCAAGUUCAAGGCCAGUGCCUCGGCCACCUUCAGCCCCAGUGGCCAGUCCCUCACCGUGUCCUACGGCAGCGGCUCCGUCACCAUCCUGCUGGGCUCCGACACGCUCAGGAUCCAGAGCAUCACCGUGACGGGGCAGGAGCUGGGGCUGAGCCAGGAGGAGCCCACGCAGCCGUUCUACUUCGCCGACUUCGACGGCAUCCUGGGCAUGGCCUUCCCCUCGCUGGCCGUGGGGGGCACGGCCACGGCCCUGGCGGGCAUGCUGCAGCAGGGCCAGCUGGCCCAGCCCCUCUUCAGCUUCUACUUCUCACGCCAGCCCAGCUAUGAGUACGGGGGCGAGCUCAUCCUCGGGGGCAUCGACCCCGGGCUCUUCCAGGGGGACAUCACCUGGGCGCCGGUGACACAGAAGCUUUACUGGCAGGUGGCACUUGAGGAGGUUGCCAUCGGGCAGUCAGUGACCAGCUGGUGCAGCCAGGGCUGCCAGGCCAUCGUGGACACGGGGACAUUCCUGCUGACCGUGCCCCAGGAGUACAUCGAGAGCAUCCUGGAGGCGCUGGGAGCCCAGGAGACCAGCUACGGGGUGAGUUACGCCGUGGACUGCAGCGACACCCCGAGCAUGCCCCCCAUCACCUUCGGCAUCGGCGGCGCCCGCCUGGCGCUGCCCCCGGCCGCCUACGUCCUGAACAGCAAUGGCUACUGCACCCUGGCCAUCGAGGUCACCUACCUGCCCUCGCAGGACGGGCAGCCCCUCUGGAUCCUGGGAAACGUCUUCCUGAAGGAAUAUUACACCGCCUUCGACAUGGCCAACAACCGCGUGGGCUUCGCCCUGUCGGCCUAG